AACUUGGGAAACCGUAAAGCGUACUGGCAACAAAAAAGGUGUUUCAGCUGAUGGUGUAGCGGUGAUAGCAGUGCUGCAGAGAACUCUCCACUACGACUGCAUUGUCCUAGUGAAACAGUUCCGGCCCCCGAUUAACGGCUACUGCUUGGAAUUUCCUGCAGGCCUCAUUGAGGAAAACGAGACAGCAGAAAGCGCCGCACUGCGAGAGUUGGAGGAAGAAACUGGAUACAAGGGGGAAGUCGUUGAAUGCACUCCAGCUCUCUGCUUGGACCCGGGCUUGUCAAACAGCACGACGCACAUCGUGUGUGUCACCAUUAAUGGAGAUGAGGCUGAGAACACAAGGCCUAAGCAAAAACUUGAUGAUGGAGAAUUUGUGGAAGUUAUUUCACUUCCAAAGAACGACCUGCUUCAAAGAAUUGACGAACUCAUAGCAGAAGAGCAUCUUGCAGUGGAUGCCAGGGUUUAUACUUACGCACUGACCCUGAAGCGUGCAGCAGAAAAACCGCUCCAAGUUCCUUUUAUGAAGUUCUAA